AUGUACCACGAGAAUGUGAUAGACCACUUUGAAAACCCUAGGAACGUCGGGUCCUUGAACAGGGACGACCUUAACGUUGGCACAUGAUUGGUUGGGUCUCCUUCCUGCGGUGAUCUGAUGAGCCUCCAAAUUAAGGUCGAUGAUUCCGGUCAGAUCACUGACACUCGAUUCAAGACCUUUGGCUGUGGCGCUGCUAUCGCCUCUUCUUCCCUCGCUUCUGAAUGGAUCAAGGGCAAAACGAUUGAGGAAGUUUUGACCAUUAAGAACGCGGAAAUAGCAAAGCAUCUUCGGUUGCCACCCGUCAAGCUGCAUUGCAGUAUGCUUGCGGAGGACGCCAUCAAAUCCGCCGUCAAAAACUUAAAGGAGAAGCCAAAGGCUAGUAGUACUGCUGCAGCAGGAGAAACCGCCGUGGCCUGA